UCGGUCAGAGUCCUCGUUGCUCCGGCUUGUUGCGACACAGCUUCACCCUCAAAGACUUGUGUUGUAACCCUGUAAGACGCCCGGAAAGAGACAUGCUCUUCCAGCUCCAGAGUAUAGCUCAAGAGCUUCCGCUUUCACCCUUCACUCGCUCGUUCUCCUUUGUCUCCACUCUACCCUCUAAACCCAAUCCUAAUUUCAACCUCUUCUUCAUGCGUGCUUCUCCUUCCUCUGCAUUCGCCCACUCCUACCGCCACCAUUGCCACCUCCACCGCCGCUUCUUCAUACCUUCCUCGACGCUAUCCUCUCAUUCCGUUGUCAAAUUGCGUCGCUUUUCCUGGCUGCCCGCGUCCAGCGUCGAGCAGUCGGUGAACGAAUCGACGCAAUCUACUUCUGAGCAAGCCUGUGAUUUUUCCACUUUGAGAGAAAUUGAAGUUUUCGAUUUCGACAAGUGUUCUGCUGCAACCGACUUGAAGCACCUGUCGACCCCUGACUUGGAGGUGAAGGAUUUGAGCGAGCUGCCGGAGCAGUGGCGGAGAGCCAGGCUGGCAUGGUUGUGUAAGGAAUUGCCAGCGCACAAGGCAGGGACAUUGGUUCGAAUACUGAAUGGGCAAAAGAAAUGGAUGAGGCAAGAUGAUGCCACUUAUGUUGUGGUGCAUUGCAUGCGGAUUCGCGAGAAUGAGACUGGUUUUAGGGUAUACAAAUGGAUGAUGCAGCAACAUUGGUAUCGAUUUGAUUUUGCUCUUGCUACCAAGCUAGCAGAUUACAUGGGUAAGGAGCGUAAGUUUUCAAAGUGUCGUGAGAUAUUUGAUGACAUAAUUAAUCAAGGCCGUGUUCCAAGUGAGUCGACCUUUCAUAUAUUAAUUGUUGCUUAUCUUAGUGCACCCGUUCAGGGCUGUUUGGAGGAGGCAUGCACAAUUUAUAAUCAAAUGAUUCAGUUAGGAGGUUAUCAGCCACGCCUUAGCUUGCAUAAUUCCCUCUUCAAAGCUCUUCUUAGCAAACCAGGGGUCUCAUCAAAGCAUUAUCUUAAACAAGCAGAAUUUGUAUACCAUAAUUUGGUUACAACUGGUCUUAACAUACAUAAAGAUAUUUAUGGUGGCCUAAUUUGGCUACAUAGUUAUCAGGAUACCAUAGAUAAAGAAAGAAUAGCAGUAUUGAGGGAAGAGAUGCUACAGGCUGGAAUUGAUGAGGGUAGAGAGGUGCUUCUAUCUGUAUUGAGGGCUUGUGCAAGCGAGGGGGAGGUGGAGGAAGCAGAAAAGACUUGGCUCAAACUUCUCCAGUCUGAAAGUGAUCCCCCAUCACUAGCUUUUAUUCACUUGAUGGAAGUCUACUCGAAGGUUGGGAAACAUAUGAAGUCCUUGGAGAUAUUCAGGAAGAUGCAGGAGCAACUAGGGGACACAAGUGUUGCAGCAUAUAAUAAGAUAAUACAGAUAUUGUGCAAAUAUUAUGAAACUGAACAAGCAGAAUCAAUAAUGGCAGAUUUUUUAUGGAGUGGUCUGAAGCCCCUCACACCAUCAUACGUCAAUUUACUGAACAUGUAUUUCAAAUUGAACUUACAUGAUAAGUUGGAGAUGGUAUUUUAUCAAUCCCUAGAGAAAUGCCGUCCUAAUCAUGCCAUUUACAGUAUAUACUUGGAUUCUUUGGUGAAGGUCGGCAACCUUGACAAGGCUGAGGAUAUCUUUAACCAAAUGAUCAGUGAUGUUGCUAUUGGUGUUGAUCCUCAAUCGUGCAACAUCAUCUUGAGUGGUUACCUUUCUUCUGGAAAUCAUGUAAAAGCUGAGAAAAUAUAUGAUUUGAUGUGCCAGAAAAAGUAUGAUAUUGAAGCCUCAUCAAUGGAGAAGCUUGAGCAUACUCUAAGAUUGAGCAGGAAAAUUGUCAAAAAACCAACAAGCCUGAAGCUAAGCAAGGAGCAGAGAGAAAUAUUAAUGGGGCUACUUUUAGGUGGUUUGCAGAUUGAUUCAGAUGAACAAAGGAAGAAUCACAUUGUCCAUUUUGAUUUCAAUGGGAUUUCUAGCUGCCACCAUCUCUUGAAGAGUCAUAUACAUGGCCAGUUCUAUGAGUGGCUGCAUCCUUCCUGUAAGCCAAGUGAUGAUGCUGAAAACAUACCAGAUAGGUUUUCUACAAUUGCAAGCUCUUGUUUUGGCUUCUAUGUGGAUCAGUUUUGGUCACAAGGUCAACCCUCGAUUCCAAAACUAAUCCAUAGGUGGCUGUCACCAUGUGUUCUGGCAUACUGGUACAUGUAUGGGGGCCAACGAAGGUCAUCAGGAGAUAUUCUACUAAAGAUAAGAGGAAGCCGCGAGGGUGUUGAGAAGAUAGUCAUUAAGUUUAAAGCUAUGUCCAUAGAUUGCAAAGUAAAGAGGAAAGGCAGGACAUUUUGGAUUGGUAUUCUGGGAAGUAAUGCCGCUUGGUUUUGGAAACUGGUAGAACCUUAUAUUUUAGAGGACAUAAAAGAUUUUGUUAAAGCAGGUGAUCAGACAUUGGGGAGUGAUUCUGCAGAAACUGAAAACAUUAACUUUAGUAGUGACUUGGACACUGACGAAAGAGGGUGAAACUAAGAUGAUGAUUCUGCUUUGUUGAAACUAGAAGAGUUUAUUUUCGAGGAGGUUGCCUGUUCAGAUUAUGGUUGCUCUCUUGUAUCCAGAACAUAGUUUUUUUCCCUCCAUUUUUAGGUAUUAUUUUGAAGAACUGCUAGGGUAGUUAAAUGAAAGAUUUCUUGACAAUUUAUGUUACCACAUGUAAUGUUAUCUUUUUUGUAUAUAGAUUUGUAUAGAAAUUUGAGAGCGACUACAUUAUCCAAUUGAUCUAUGUAAAGAAAUUAUAAGUACUGGCUGUCUGGCUAUUAUUAUUUCAAUUGAGUUGAUAUUAUUUAUUCUU